AUGGGCGAAGGCCUAGUAGGAGUGGCUGGUGACGAGACAAUGAACGGACCGUUUGUGGACUAUCCGUCGAAGUCUCUGGCGCCUUGCCUGGCAGCCACCCCGAGAUAUCCUCUUGAGGAGCUCCUAUCGUCAACGACAUCAUCAUCAGGUGAUGCGUUCACGUGUCAUUCUCCUGACGAUAUUGGUAAGUCCUCUUCCACUACUGUUAGCGAGUGCCCUAUGAGCCCAUUGGACUCCUAUCCGAGCUUUGACGUGUUCUACACUGAGUGGGUGCAGAAGUUGAUAGAGGAGGAAAGCGACGAUGAUCAUAUGAAUGUCAACGACAUUAGCAUGGCCGUCGAACCAGAUCAAACGGUAGAGCAUUCUGGAGCCGCUUCUGAGUUCUUUCCCGCGCUUUCGACCGUGUAUGCGACACUCCAACCUGUUGGCAUUUGGGUGGGCCUCAACUACCUCGCUUCCAAGAUUGGGGAUACCUCUGGUGGCUGGGAAAUCAUUUGGACACUCGCAGACAUAGGCUGGAUCGAACUCAGUGACUGCGGCCUAUACUGCCGUUUAGCGGACUCCUGGGGCGGCGCAUCAUGUGAUGAGCAAACUGUUGUAUCCCAUGAAUGCGAAGAUAUGCCGCCCUACGGUGUUUACAGGGGCGCCCUCGAGUUCGACAAGGAGUUUGGUGGUGGAGGAGGAGGAGGACUCGAAAGUCCAAUCGUGGAAGCAGUGGAACUCAGCCACAGUACCGAGGGACUUUGGCGACUCGCCGACGGUGCUGAUCGGACUACCUCAGUGAGGAUCUCGGAUUUCGAGCAUUAUGAUGGUCAUGAUCAUAUUCGCGGGGCUCGGGAUACUGGAAGUCCAUCGUGGAGUUACUACUAG